GGAGAAUCCUUGAGCUUUGCGGAUGAUUUGCUUUCUGGCCUCGCAACGUCGUGCGUGGCAGCGGGUCGGAGCCACGGAGAUGUCCCUGAAACCAGCAUCUAUUCAGUCAUUUUCAAGUGCCUGGAGCCAGAUGGUCUGUACAAAUUUACCCUCUACGCGGUGGAUACGCGAGGGAGACACUCAGAGCUGAGCACGGUCACCCUGAGGACAGCUUGCCCACUGGUAGACGACAGCAAGGCAGAAGAGAUAGCUGACAAAAUCUACAACCUCUACAAUGGCUACACCAGUGGGAAGGAGCAGCAGACAGCCUAUAAUACACUGAUGGAGGUCUCUGCUUCCAUGCUCUUCCGAGUCCAGCACCACUACAACUCCCACUACGAGAAGUUUGGAGACUUCGUCUGGCGCAGUGAGGACGAGCUGGGGCCCAGGAAGGCUCACCUGAUCCUGAGGAGGCUGGAGAAGGUCAGCAGCCACUGCUCGACCCUGCUACGCAGUGCCUACAUCCAGAGCCGCACCGAGACCAUGCCCUACCUGUUCUGCCGCAGCGAAGAGGUCCGGCCGCCCGGCAUGGUCUGGUACAGCAUCCUAAAGGACACCAAAGUCACCUGCGAGGAGAAGAUGGUCUCCAUGCUGCGCAACACGUACGGGGAGUCCAAGGGGCGGUGAGGGAAGGUGCGGGCCUGGAGCUGUGGGAGGCAAAGGAACUCCAAGGAGUCGAGGACUCAGUGUGCUGAGUGGCUGGUGGGGUUUGGGGUCGGGUGAUGUUCAGAGGGGGUGGAAGGGGACAGCGAGGCCAAACAGGACUUUUCUCACACAGACGGCAGAGAAACAAGAAAUCAGCAAGUUGGAUUUGCUUUUCUUUUCUUUUCCUUUUUUUUUUUUUUUUUUUUUUUUUUAAAGAGGAAAGGAAAGAAAAAAAAAAAGAAAUUACCUAAUUUGACUCAGCGUAAAAGCCUCUCCUUUUUAAUCUUUUCUUACUGAAUUUCCUGGACUACACAUGCUCCAAAACCCUGGGAGGAGGAGAUACCCACUCGAGGCCAGGGCCAGGCAGAGGGGAGCUGCUGGGUGCAGGGUGACCCCCUCCCUGCCUGCCCUGCCUGCCCUGCCUGCCCUGCCUGCCCUGCCACCGGGCAGGAGCUGUGGGGCGAGGGGCCCCGGUGCUGUGGUGGCCGAGGACGCCAGGAGGAGGUGGCGUGGGUGGCCGGUGACACCGCACUGCCAGAGAGGGUCCCAGAAGGGAUGCCAGGCAGGUGUCAGGACGCUGCAGGCAAGCUGGGCUUUUGUAGCACUCCGAGUCGGCGGAGCGGCUCCGAGCGCAGCCUUCGUUCGCAAGGCUCCCGGCAGCCUGUUCUGUGCAUUAAAGAUUCAUAUUAAGUCCAU